GUAUUUGGUGGCCAGGAUUUUAUAUUAUCAUCCUCCAUCUUCACGCAAAUUGGCCUCCAUUUCUGCCAGUUGAGCUACAGCCUCCAUUCCAUUCCUUUCUCACACAAAUUUCAUCCACACAAUCAACACCACCAUUUGCAAUAAUAAUAAUAAUAUCCUUCUUCUCUACUCUAGCAUUCCCAAUUCCCCCAAUUUCUUCAACUAUGCACACUUUCUCUCUCUAGGGUUUUUGCCGAUCAACACAGUUAGUAUUUGAAGUUUGAUGCAGGAGUAGUGGCACUGGUUUUGCGGCAAUUGAAGCGAGUACGUUGGGAUUGAUCGGUUUAUCGAAAAGGCAUGAGGCGGUCUAGGCACAACAAUGCAUUACAAGUACAAGAUGACUGGCCUAUCAAAAAGGUCCUCACACUUUCUGACGUUGACAUAACUCACCCCUUUCUCACUCUACCCCGCCAGCCAGUUGAGACUUACAUCCUUGUGCAUCUGACACAGCUUGAACGCGAUCAUUUACUAAACAGAGAGCAAGUAGCCAUCAACGCGCAGGAUGAUGAUACCGGUGACGUUUAUAUAAUGAAGUUAAAAUGGCGCGGGAGUUAUUACAAUCUUAUUGGCAAAUGGGGUAGAAUCGUUCGUAGCAAAGGACUCGAUGUUGGGAAAGAGAUUAAAAUCCGUUGGUUUAAUGGAUGCUUACACUUUUCGGUCCCGCAACAAGUUCUUUCUGUACCACCGUUACAGAUUAUUCCUGCAGCCGUGGUGCAACAUGACCAAUGGCCUAUUAGGAAGGUGUUGACACUAUCUGACGUCGACACUAAUCACCCUUUCCUACCAUUGGCACGAAGAUCGGUUGAAGAUCAUAUUCUCGUUCAUUGGACCCCGCAACAACGAGAGUUGCUGCGAAGUGAAGAACAAGUGAAUUUGAAUGCACGCGAUGUUGAUACAGGGGAAAUAUAUGUGAUGAAACUGCGGUGGCGUGGUAAUUAUUAUAAUUUAAUAGGAAAAUGGGGAAAGAUUAUCCGGAGUAAAGGAUUAGGUGUCGGGAAAGAGAUCAAAAUCCGAUGGGCUAAUGGUUGUCUACACUUUUCUGUCCCCUAUGAGCAGCAAACGGCUAUACCUGCAACAAUCCCUGUGAUACAACAGCAGCAACGACAAGAACAACAACACGAUGAAUGGCCGAUUAAAAAGGUUUUAACGUUGUCUGAUGUGGAUACAAAUCACCCUUUUCUUACUUUACCGGGAAAAUCAAUUGAAGAUCAUAUUCUUUUGUAUUGGGCGUUACAGGCACGAGAGCAAUUACGAAACGAGCUCCAGAUUAACGUUAAUGCCCGAGAUUAUGACACGGGUGAUUCGUUUUUGAUGAAGUUGAAGUGCCGGGGAAGUUACUAUAGUUUAAUUGGAAAAUGGGGACAAAUCAUUAGGGGGAAGGGACUUCAAGUUGGACAAGAGAUUCGGGUUCGUUGGGAUAACGGGUAUUUGGUGUUUUCGGUUCCUCAAUGAUAGGAAUAACGGGUAUUUGGGUAUUUGUUUUGUAAAUUUUGAAAUCUGUCUUUACCAUUUUACAUGAUUGUUUAUUUUGGUAGUGAUUCUAGGUUUAUAUAUUCAUUUUACCUGGGAAUUCUGAUAUAAAGCAUAUUCUUACAUGAUUGUUGACACA